UAUAACAUUACAUGUCUUCAGAUGAUUCAAAAUGUAUCACAAUGUACGGCUCAGAACUUACCUAGAAAUGGGUCCAAAAAUGCGACUCAAACUGGGUCUCAAAUUAUGACUCAGGAUGCGAUAGCUAACCUAUGUUUGACCAGGUUUGAGAGGCUGCCCAAGCAGGGUAAACCUGGGUCCGGUCAGUGGACAGUUCUAGCUGGUGUUGUUGUGGAGCAUGAAGGAGGUCUAGAACUUAUUUCUCUUGCUACAGGAACUAAAUGUUUGAGUGGAGUGGAAAGAUUAGGUUCUGUGAAGGGAACCCAGCUCUCCGACUCCCAUGCUGAGGUUCUAGCCCGGAGAGGGUUCCUUUACUGGUUCCUACGCCAGGCGGAGCUAGCUUUUCAGAAUUCAUCUCAGUUCCUUGUAAACUCUGGAACUGGAACAGUUCAUUGGAAACCUGGUGUCAAGUUUCAUCUUUACUCAAGCCAUCCGCCUUGUGGGGACGCAACAAUAUUUAUCUUUGAAAAGGAGGAAUCAUGUCUCGCCAAGGAUAAUUUAUGUACCGCCAAGAAGGAUUCAUGUGCCGGCAAGGAGGAUACAAGUACCGGCAAGGAGGAUUCAUUUAUUGGCAAGAAGGAUUCAUGUACCGGCAAGGAUAUUUCAUGUACGACCAAGAAGGAUUCAAGUACCAGCCAGGAGGAUUCAUGUACUGGCAAGAAGGUUUUAUGUACCUGCAAGGAGAAUUUUUGUACAGGCAAGAAAGACUCGUGUAGCGGCAAGGAAGAUUCAAAUGCAAUAGAAUCACAAUUAACAUCUUUGAAUUCUUUCAAAACUACUAAUUCAUCCCUAUGUUCUGAAUUAUCUCCUACAAGCAGCAGUUCAACAAAUGCCUCUAAAGCUGGCUCGGAUCCCAAAAGUAUCCCACCGGGUCAAGAAGCAACCAAACUGAAUACAAGCAAAGAUCAAGAAUCUCAUCAAAAUAUGAAUAAAAUUUCAUCGCCCUCUCUUCAACAAACAAACUUGGAAAAGGAUAUAUCUGAAGAUCUGGAUGAGCCGGUCCAGAAGAAACUAAAGCUUGACACAAACCGAACCGGAGCUAAGUGUGUUAAAGGGGAGAUUGAGGACCCCUUGGGUUCCGGGACGGAAUAUCAUAAUAUCGGAGUUCUCCGACGAAAACCAGGACGCGGAGACCCAACCCUGUCCCUCUCCUGUAGUGAUAAACUUCUUAAGUGGAACGUAAUCGGGUUUCAGGGUUCCCUGGUAUCCCAAUUUCUUAAAAUCCCAGUCUACUUUUCUACCAUAAGCAUAGGACCGUCAGGGUUCAACCUACCCGCAUUACAGAGAGCUUUGUUCUCCAGAUACCCAGAUACCGCAUCCAAACCAGUUCUUCUCCAACCUACUCUCAAGUUUAGAUUUGCUCAAUGUGAUGAUCUGAAACCAAGUUCUGAUAGUAUCCUUCAUGUGCCCGGGAACUCAGGGUUUACAGAGGUUUAUGUUGCAGGAUACAAACAGGGUUGGUCCAAGAAAAAGUUAGCUACGCCAGGUGCCUGGUCUAGUGUAUCCUGUAUCCACCUGGCCAGGUUGUAUCGGAGUAUUGUAUCCAAGUAUACAGGUAUCCAGCCACCCAUCCAGUAUUCAGCCAUUAAACAAUCUGCCUUUACCUACAAUACUGCCAAGUUAAAGUUCAAGAGUAACCUUCCAGCCUGGCCGGCCAAAUCGGCCGAAUUUGACGAUUUUUCAGUUGAAUAAUUUCAGAAAAUAAAAUGAAAAACAAGCGGAAGUACGAUGACGCCCUACCGGCGACUGCGGCGGAAAUUUCGAAGAAAAAUUUGGGAAAAUUACAAAAACUAACCAAGAUUGAUCCUCCUAAAGUCAAGG